AAUGGCGUCAAUUUUCUCUCUCCUCUUUCUCUUUCUUCUCCUUGUUCUCAUCUCUUCACAAUUCUCAGCUGCAAGAGUGGACAAGACCCAUCUUCGCAUGUCUUCAGCUUUGAAUUCUCCAAAAAUGCAAGCAGAAAGGCUCAUAAGAAGCCUCAACUUGUCACCUAAAAAGGCUGUAAACCUGGAUGUUAGUCAUGGAGAAGCUGUGGCUCCCAGGAUGAUUGAAAAGGGUCUUGAGUUCCCUUUUCUUGAUGGGUCUUCUGGGACUUCCAUUCAGGACCUUGGGCACCAUGCUGGCUACUUUAGGCUUGCUCAUUCUAGAGAUGCAAGGAUGUUCUACUUUUUCUUCGAAUCCCGGCUCAGCAAGAAGGACCCAGUUGUUGUGUGGUUGACCGGUGGCCCAGGAUGUGGCAGUGAAGUAGCUUUAUUUUAUGAAAAUGGUCCUUUUCAUGUAAGAGAUAACUUGACUCUAUCAUGGAACCAGUAUGGUUGGGACCAGGUAUCGAACAUUCUGUUUGUAGACCAGCCUACGGGAACAGGCUUCAGUUAUAGUUCCGAUGAGGGUGACAUUCGCCACAAUGAAGAGGAUGUUAGCAACGAUCUAUAUGAUUUUAUGCAGGCAUUUUUUGCAAAGCAUCCUGAGUUCGUGAAGAAUGACUUUUACAUAACUGGAGAAUCAUACGCUGGCCACUACAUUCCUGCGUUUGCUGCUCGGGUUCAGAAAGGAAACAAAGCAAAAGAAGGGGUUCAUAUAAACCUUAAGGGAUUUGCAAUUGGUAAUGGUCUUACUGAUCCUUCAAUCCAAUACAAGGCAUAUACUGAUUAUGCAUUGAACAUGAAGAUUAUUGGAAAAUCUGAUUAUGAUAGUAUCAACGAGUUGAUUCCAGAGUGUGAAGAAUCGGCAAAAUCUUGUGGCCCUGACGGUGGAGACGCCUGUGAGACUGCAUAUACUAACUGCAAUUUUAUCUUCAAUAGCAUCCUGAAUGUCGCUGGUAAUAUAAAUUACUAUGAUAUCAGAAAGCAAUGUGAGGGGUCCCUGUGCUAUGACUUCUCAAACCUGGAGAGUUUCAUGGGCUUGAAAUCUGUUAAGAAGGCUCUAGGAGUAGGGGACGUGGAAUUUGUUUCAUGUAGCACAGUGGUAUAUGAUGCCAUGCAGAGGGACUGGAUGAGGGAUAUGGAAGUAGGUAUUCCUGCUCUCCUUGAGGAUGGAAUCAAGAUGCUUAUAUAUGCUGGGGAAUAUGAUCUCAUAUGCAACUGGCUCGGGAAUUCAAAUUGGGUUCAUGCCAUGAAAUGGUCUGGUCAGAAAGAUUUUGAGGCAUCUCCGACUGUUCCAUAUCUAGUUGAUGGUGAAGAAGCGGGACAGCUAAAGAACCAUGGACCUCUCGCUUUUCUCAAGGUCCACAAUGCUGGUCACAUGGUUCCUAUGGAUCAACCCAAAGCUGCACUACAGAUGCUGAAGACCUGGACACAAGGAAAACUUGCGCCAAUUGAAACAAAAGAUGACUAGACGAGACUGUUCAUUGGUGAUGAGCCUCGUUUGUGUCAACAUAAUCUUUCAUAUUUGGUGUCAAAAACAGCAUUCGGGCAGGGGUGCAUCUAUGAUAUGUUUGCCCCUCUUUGAUUUGAAGAUGGCUGUAAAAAUUAGUUAAUAAACUUUCCAAUCUUUCCCAAAUGGGCUACUUAAUUCUUUACGUUGA